CUGAGCUGCAGGCUGCUCCGGAUGACCUAUGACCCCACCCCCGCCUAACCCCAUGCCCCGUUCUUGUCCGCCGCCAGCUGCAGAACUCCAGGACGGUGAUCCAGGAGCGGGACCGCGUGAUCCGGGAGCUGCAGGAGAAGGUGGCGUUCCUGGAGGCAGAGAACCGGGAGAUGCACGACCGGAUGGACUUCCUGCUGUCCAGCCAGAAUCCCGAGGCCCGCGCGCCGGAGCCGAGCUCUCGGAUCGUGUACAGCAAGCCCCUGGUGCCCAGCUCGGCCGGCAAGCCGCUGCCCCACAUCAGGGUGGUGGAGAUCAGGUCGUGACCCUCGGCGCCCAGCAGCCGGGGAGGGUGAGGAGGGGGCGUGGCCACGACUGGAGAAGCACGACACAGAUCUCCCCCCCCCUGGGGGGGGGCGUGGAGGGCGGGGCAGGGGGCGGAGGAGAGACCGAAGGAUCCGCAGAAGGGGGGGAUCUGGGAUUUCCAGAAGAGACGGACAGGGUGGGCGUGUCCCUCUCCAAGGGGGGACCCCUCAUCUCCCCCCCAACUAAGGUCUGACCCCAGACACGACGGCUCCCUUUUUAUUCGCCACCCCGGGGUGCCCGGUUUGUGACGCAGGCCAGCGUCUGAGCGUCCUCUUUGAGCUGGGCGCGCGAGUAUCCGAAGGGCCUUGCCCGGGACAAUAUCCACAACACGUCGUCGGCGCUCUGGUGUCACUUUUGAAUAAUGGUUUCUGUGCGUCUAGCGCAGUUCUCUAGGCCUGAGCCGGAUCCCUCGGUCAGUUGUCGUUUUGAUCGCGUGCUGAACGCCCGCAGGCCGGAGUGUAAGUCAGGGGCUUUCAUCGCAGUCACGGCCGCUAAUUCAUCACUUCCUUCCUUAAAGUGGGGCUCGUGUGGCGUUUCCAGCCAGGAGCUCUCUGGUCUGAUUACCAUCGCUGAGCCGCAGGCGCUGCCUCGGUUCUGACCCAGUUCUGAGUUCUGUGGGACUGUGGGACUCCCUCUUUUUCAGGUUUCAUUCCUGCCCAGCUCCCAGUUACUUAAUGAAACCAGUCCAUGGCUUUAUUGGGCCAGAUCAAG